CGUACGGUACGUAGGUAUUUUAACCCAUCAAAGUAAGAAACCAAUGAAUUUUUACUGGCGGAGCGCUCCGUAGUUUUGAAUUGUGCACUAGUUGACCCUUCUCACUUUUCCAUAUUUACUGAUACUCCCUUUGAUCUCGAGCUGAUUUUUUCUGACCUUUUGAUUUGCCGCUCUGCUUUACUUCGCUAAAUUCGCCGUCAGCCGAAUUCUUUGAAAAUGGCAGCUGUAGAAGCCAUUCCGGAAAUAAAGGAUGUCGUGAUUAGCAGCCUGAUUGUAAAGGCCGAAAAGGACAAAACAACAUAUACCCCUGGAAAGUUGAACGAUAAUCCCCAGGAUCAACCGCUUGUGGAGGAUUCCGGUGUGGAAGCGGACGCGAAACAGGCAACCAGCGAAGAUAAAGCCACGCAACAGGAAAAGAGCGCCAAGGGUGAGAAGGCUCAAAAGAAAAAGAAAUCAGCUAAAGAAUCUGAUUCUUCCUCGGAGUCUGCUUCUGAAAAGGAAGAGACCAGUGGAGAAGCAUCCAGUCCCAAGAGCAAGAAGACGAAAAAGGACGACGAUUCCAGUACUUCCGGUUCUGAGGAAGAAGACGACGAGACGAGUGAUUCGAGUUCCGAUUCCGAAAAAGAGCAGGAAACCAAGAUGAUGGCUAAAAAUUUGAUGAAAGUUGGAGGACGCGAUGCUGUUAAAUUCGUUGCCGCUGUGCUCCAGGAAGUGCGAAAGCGAGAAAUGCAUAAAGAUUCAUCCUCAACGGAAUCCAGCUCCGAUUCCAGCUCUGAUUCCAGUGAUUCCUCAUCUGAGUCAGAAUCCGAUGAUUAGAAGGCUGAAUUGAAUAGUGAUUGUAAAUUUGGCAUACAUAGUUUUUAUCGGCAGGUGAAUUUUUAAUGCUUCCACGUUUGCAUUUUGAUCUACUUCUAUGGUUUUAAGUUAAGCCUUUAAAUUUUUGCCGCUCUCAUUCCGGCUACGUUGUGACUUUGUCCGGUUUUAAAUAUCUAUACACGUGCUUUGUUUUCAGCGCCUACGUUUGAAAAGUUUAGUAUGACAUUGUGACGUUGUGCAAAGAAAAGAAUAUAUUGCGGUAUAAAG